AUUGCUAAAAUAUGAAGUUUUCUAAUUAGUGUGUAAUGAUGGGUAUUAACUGUAAUUUCAAGUAUAUUAAGACUAUAUACCUAAAUGACAGUGCAACAAAAGUAUUUAUUUCUUAUCUUUAAAGAACGUCAGAGUAAUAUUAGUUCAUAAUCAGAUGUUAUAAGCGUUUGCUCGUGAUUUUUAUAUAUUCUUUUAGUGAGGAAGCAAUUUAUAGGUUAGAACAUAAAAGACAGUAUUUUUCUUUUUUAAAUUAGCAAAAAGAAAAUGAACAAGGCACCUUUAGCAAUUUUUCUAGUUUUUCUGGGUUGUUGUUUAAAUGUUAUAUUUCUGGAACUACUUGUCAUUGGAGAUCCUGGCAGUGGGAAUCUUAUAACUUUCGCCCAAUUUUUAUUCAUUUCAAUAGAAGGAUUUUUAUUUACAUCAAAAUGUGGUACUGUAAAACCAAAAAUAGGACUAAAGGAUUAUACAAUUUUAGUUACAAUGUUUUUCGUUAGUAGUGUAUGUAAUAAUUAUGCAUUCGAUUUUAAUGUGCCUAUGCCACUUCACAUGAUAUUCAGAGCAGGUUCUCUUAUAGCAAAUAUGAUAAUGGGUAUAAUUAUUUUACAAAAGACGUAUACUUUUAGUAAAUAUUUGUCAGUUUUUAUGAUUUCUGUUGGAAUUGCAUUGUGUACGUUAAUAAGUGGACAGGAUAUUAAAUCGACGCAAACAGUUAAUGUUCAGCCAACGACGCCUUGGGACGAUUUCUUUUGGUGGACUGUUGGAAUUAUUUUAUUAACUGUUGCACUUUUUAUCAGUGCCAGAAUGGGCCUUUAUCAGGAAGUUUUAUAUAAACGUUAUGGAAAGCAUCCUAAGGAAGCUCUUUUUUAUACUCAUCUUUUGCCACUGCCAUUUUUUCUCACAUUGGGACCCAAUAUAUGGCAACAUUGGAAUGUGGCAUUAGCUUCUGCACCAAUAGCAGUCCCCUUAAUUGGAGUGCAAUUACCAAAAUUAGUCGUCUAUUUAAUUGGAAAUGUCCUCACGCAAUACAUGUGCAUUGGAUCGGUGUACGUUUUGACGACAGAGUGUACUUCCCUCACAGUAACACUUGUGGUAACUCUACGUAAAUUUUUGUCACUUAUAUUUUCUAUAUUGUACUUUAAAAAUCCAUUCACCCUAUACCAUUGGGUUGGAACGAGUCUCGUUUUUAUAGGAACAAUUAUAUUCACCGAAAUUUUACCAAAAAUUAAGCAAAACUUAAUAAGUGUUCCAAGUGAAAAGAAAGUGAAAUAACCAAAGAAUUUAGACAAUUAA